GAACUUCGGCCUGAAGCCUAACAUCGGUCUGCAAGUAAGGAAGUUGGACAGGAAGGGCAAAAAGUCCGACGGCCCCGUGCUUCGCUCGUGUCAAGAGCAGGUGAUUCCGAGAUGUUUUUCUACCACGGAGGAUUUUUUCAGAGAGAAGAAGAUCCAGACAAAGUUGGAACCCUGGAAGAUUCCAGCUGGAAUGUCGCCGGAAGAGGCAACUAAGCAGCUCACCGAGUUGAUCGAGUCGUAUCCACCUGGCCACGAUGGAGUUGAUGCUGGUGGAUUCCGGCUUUUGCAAACUCUUCCGACUUACUUGUAUGGGCAAUUCGCGAGCUUUAUCGGAUUGAUAUCUGACGUUGAAUUCGCUGUGAUGGAGAACGGCGAUGUUCAAGUACGCUCCGCCUUGCGUUCCAUGGCACCAGAUGCGUUCGGCAACGUGCAAACACCACCAGACAGCCUGCUCAAUGCCAAGCGGCUGAACUGGUUCUCAGAGCGAUUGCGGAAGAUGGGGUGGGCCGCGCCAGAAAUCACAGAGCAGACGCACCCCGAGUACUUCGCCGAGAACAUGAAGGCCGGCCUCAAGACAGUUGGAUUGGAGUUCAUGCCCGAGCGCGAGGAGGAUGGCAAGCCAGAGUAUUGGUGA